CAACCAACAACCAACAACGUCAGCCUUUGUUCCUUUCUCUCUCACAAGAAAUGCCAUUGUCAAUUUCUCAUCCCCUUCCCCCUUUCCUACUAUAUAAGCCAUCUACCCCCCUAUUUGCCUUCACACUCUCUCAACACUCCAACCAUUCUUUUUUCUCUCACUACUGCCCUCAGGGCUAAUUCAGUCAUUUCCCUACUUUCCUUGUUUCUCUCUCUAGAGGGUUAGAAAAACAAAAACCUAGUAAUCUACAAGCCUGCUUUUCGCAUCUCCCAUCCAACACAUUUUUUGAGAAUAUUUCUGUCCCGGCGAGGGAUAAGCUAUUCUCGUUUCUCUGCCCCCAAACGAAAUCUGGUGUUUGUUUCUCAUGGAAGGGUGCAAUAAGCGAGUCCGGGAUGAGUCGGAAUUGGACUCGGUCUCGCCCGAGCCCAAGCGAGUUGACACGAAGGCUGACUCGCGGGUCAACUCAUCUGGCUCGGAGCGAGUCAACUCGGAGGGGCUACACUCCGGUGAGUCGGAACGGGUCGAGGUGGAAUCGGCGGCUAACUCGGACGAGUUCAAUUUGGACUCACCGGUGGUCUUGCAAUUCGGAGAUGAUAUUCUGGAUAUCUUAGAUGAGCCGGACGCGCUGACGGAGCGUGACCCGGUUAUUCAGGAUCUCGACUCGGUUAUCAGAAGUUUCGAAGAAGAAAUUCUCCAUCCCGCGCCGGCGGAGCAGGCCGUCGUCGACCUGGCGUCAUCACAUUCCGGCGAGUCCCAACCGGAUCUCGGCUUCCUUCUGGAGGCCUCAGACGACGAACUUGGCCUCCCUCCCACCGUACCUUCCCCGGAAAAACAAGGCACUAACGAUGAUGCGGCCGAUUUGCCGGCCGGCGGCGCCUCGGUGUUGGAUAACCUGAUGGGGUAUGAGGGCGAGUUGACGAGUUACGACUCGUUCCACCUCGGUAUCGACGGGAUAACAGAAGGAGACAAUUACGGUGGUAACAAUGGCGGUGAAUUUGUGACCGUCGAUGGCCUCUUUGAUUUCUCGGAACCGUCAGAUUUUGCGGAGUUCUCGUGGAGGCCCGAGUCUUUACCCGCUGUAUAGCACGGGUCAACCCGGAUUUAGAACCGGGUUAUUGUGUUAUCGUGACUCGUGAGAAUAGCGGCGGCGACGUCCUAGCGUAGGAUAUGUAAAUCAUUAUAAAUUAUAAAAUGAAACGCAAGAAAUGGAAAAAGAAAAUUGUCAGAAAAAUGGCAUGACACAUUAGGUUUUUUUU